AAAUCAAUGGGCUGUGAGCAGAGGCUGCAUUUAGUGAGGAGCAGCCCUGACGGCUCCUGUCUGCACCUUGGGCUGUCAGAGUCUCCCAUGUGUCCUGGUGGCAUUCCAGCCGCUGGUUUGAGAUCGGCUGCGUCCAAGGCUGUGCCGGCUCCUCGGGCAGCAGGAGGCUGCAGGCAGCUUCUGGAGAAGGAAGGAGAAGCUGCAAAGCAAGGAAGGGACAUCACCACACAAGUGGCCUUCACAGCACAGCACACAAGCUCCCAUCUCAGCACGUCUUCCCUUUAAGCCUCCCCUUUUAUCAAUGCAACAAGUGACCCCUUGGCAAAUGAGCCAUGUCUGACAAGAAAGUCUCCAGGCCUUGCCAUCACUGCAAGAGCAGGUCAGCAUCAGCCCCAACAGACACCUCCAAGAUCCAUUAUGAGAAGUUCUGGCUGUACCGUCACUGCUCUUCGGUGCAGCAGAGGGACCGGCAAGCUCAGAAGGCUGGGCAACUCUUCUCAGGGCUGCUGGCCAUGAAUGUGGUGUUUCUGGGCAGUGCCUUCAUCAGCAGCAUGAUCUUCAACAAGGUGGCCAUCACUCUGGCAGACGUCUGGAUCCUGCUCUCCAUCCUCAAGGUCCUGUGCCUGUUCUGGAUUAUUUACUACCUGCUGGGCACCAGCCGGCAGCCACACGCGGUGCUCUACCGGGACUCCCACGCCGGAGCCAUCUGGAUUAGGGGGUCAGUGCUGCUGUUUGGCAGUUGCAGCAUCCUCCUGAAUGUGUUUCAGAUUGGCUACAGCACAAUCCUCAUCCACUGCAAAUCCAGGGUGGAAAUCUUGUUCCCCAGCAUUGGAAUCCUUUUUAUUUGCACUCAGGCUUACUUUCUGUGGCAUCACUCUAAGGACUGCAUUCAAGUCCAGCACAACUUCACCAGGUGUGGGCUGAUGCUGACCAUAGCCACCAACCUUCUCCUCUGGCUCCUGGCCGUGACCAACGACACCCUGCACAUGGAGAUCGAGUCUCAGCUGCGCGAGGUGGAGCAGCGAUUCGCAGGCAAUGAGACUACCUCGUGCACAUGCCCAAACACGACCAUCUGCAAAGUCUUCCAGAAGGGCUACAUCCUGCUCUACCCCUUCAACACCGAGUACUGCCUGAUCUGCUGCUCCGUGCUCUAUGUCAUGUGGAAGAACGUGGGGAGACACAUCAGCCACCACCACGUCCCGCACACCAAGCCCAAAUUCAAGCUCCAGGGGGUGGUCUUUGGGCCACUGCUGGGCACCAGUGCUAUAAUCAUAGGGGCCUGUGUCUUCAUGAUGUACCAGAUCCAGGCCACCAGCUUGGUCCCCAGCCACCAGGUCUUUGUGAUCUACUAUUCUUACUAUAUUGUGCUCCUGCCCCUGAUGAGUGUUGGUGCCGUGAUCGGGACAAUCAUCCAUGCCUUGGAAAAAAAGGAGCUGGACACGCUGAAGAACCCAACCCGCAGCCUGGACGUGGUCCUGCUGAUGGGGGCAGCCCUUGGCCAAAUCGGCAUGUCUUACUUCUCCAUUGUGGCCCUGGUGGCCACUGACCCCAGGGACCUGCUGAACAGCCUCAACUUGUCCUACUCUGUCCUCCUCAUCUUUCAGAACAUCACCCAAAAUGUUUUUGUCAUCGAUGGGCUCCACCGGCGGCGCGUUGUAGCAGAAACUGAGGCCAAACAUGCCAGACACACUGGGCAGCACACGGUGGGUGCAGAGCUGCCUGGGGAAGAGGACACCACGCUGAGCAGCAAACAGGAGUACAGCCAGCCACCUCCUGGCAAGGAGGAAGACACUAAAGAAGAGCAGAAUCAUGAAGCCCACAGCCAAAGACGAGUGAGCGUGCUGGAGCUGGGACAGGAGAUCCGGAAAGCUUCCUUGUCCUACAUCCAUACCUAUUCUCACCUGAGCUGGAAGAGAAGAGUCUUGAGGGAGAUCUCGUUCUUCUUGAUUUUGUGCAACAUCAUACUGUGGGUCAUGCCCACAUUUGGGGCUCACCCUGUCUUCGAGAAUGGAAUGGAAAGGUCAUUUUAUGGCUACUCCACCUGGUUUGUGAUCGUGAACUUCGGACUCCCCUUGGGUGUGUUUUACCGCAUGCACUCGGUCGGGGGGCUCCUGGAGCUCUAUGUAACAGCCUAAGCCAAGGGGCUGGGGAGAAUCAGUGACGCUGAACAAAGAUGCAGUAAGCAGCAGAUAUCCACGUGUAAGCUUCCAAGAUUUUUCUCCCUCCAGCUUCUACUUGGACUUCUUGUACAACAUCACAAUGAAUUUCAGAAGAGGUUCUUUGAUAUUAUCCUUUUCUACCAUAGAGAAUAGACUCAAAGCCCAUAAACAAACUCUCACUGCUCUCAGGAAUCAUACAUGCAGUCACAGGAUGCUGUUUGGCAGCAAGUGGAACUUUACCAACUCUUAUUGAGAUCUUCCAGAUAAAAGAAUGCAAGGGCAGCAAAAGCAAUGAAGACUGGCCUGCACCAAUUCAGAAAAUCAAAAGCAAUCAAAAAAUAAAAGCUGUAACAUGACCUUGCCUUACUGAGAAUAAACGCUGUUUCUUUCUACAGGCACUCCCAGAGCCUCAAGUAGGAAUCACUAGGGAAGCACUGUGGGGGAUCUUUACUCACCAUGGAUGAUGUUGUCACUGGUAUGGACUAGCCAAGGUCCCAUCCUUGCACACAGGGCUAGUUCAAGAGCAAGCCACUGCCACAUCCACUGUGAAUCUCUCCUCACCCCAACACUUUGGCCCUUGCUGCUGCCUUGCACAUCCACAAACCUUUCCUGGGUUUCCAUGCACAAAGGAAGGCGGCUGCAGUGAGGUGCCUUAUCAAAGACCCAUUAGGAUUUGUUCCAUAGGGAUGCCUGCUUUGAAAGCACGUGGGAGAGAGCAAGGGGCUUGUGACUAUGGGUCCCAAAUUCAGAGCCUGAUGAAUGGAAAUAAAUUGAAUUUUCAUGUGUGUCUUGUGAAAUCUCUGCAUCUGCUCUGCACUCAACAGGCUCAAAGUCAACUCACUUAAACUGCUCUUGCAUUCAGAGCUUGUAUGAGGCUCUGAGCAACCUGGCCUAGAGGAGGGAAUUCCUGCCUACAGCAGAUAAGCUUUAUGGUCCCUUCCAACUCAAACCCUCUGGGAUUCUAUGAGAUUUAAGAGAAGGCCUGCUCUAUAAUCAAUCAAAAUCUGUCAUAACCCUUACCUAAGCAUGGCACAAAAGGUAUUCUCAUUAUUGCUUCUGUUCCUCUGUAAAUCAAUCCCAGGAUCAGUGUGGGUUUAGGAUUAGAGCCUAUUUAUGGGGGGUUUUUGGGAUUCCCUAGUAAAGCAAACUCUUCCAAGACAGUGAGGAUUCUGUAUUUGGGCAGUGAUAGCACCUUUCUGUACAACUCUAAGUGAGACUGAUUGCAUGAGCAUGAACUUUGCCCAAUAAGUGUUUGUAUUUGGGCCCAUGUCAACAGAAACAUGUCAUGAGAAAUAACAGCUGGAUAAAUUAGGCUCCAAUAAAGUUAAUUAUUAUUCUCAUAUCAGUGUUUGUACCAUGGGAUCCACAGGACAUACAUGCUAAGGUCUGACCUCAAACCUUCUUCCUAGUGACUGACAGGCUGGGGACAAAGAAGGAUGGCACUUCAUGGGCAAAUCAUGACCUGGAUUUUAUCCAGUUUAAUGGAUAAAACACUGGUUUAAGUUACUGAACUUUACAGAGCAGAUGACUUUGGAUUGAACACUGAAUGCAUGACUGAAGACAUGAUCAGCAUGGACAGGAAUGAAUUCCACCAGCUCCAACUCUCACCUACAGCCACCACAGAUCAGAUAAACAGUCAAGGCACUCCAUGUCAUUUCCUAACAAGGGCCAGGGUGCCUGUUUUACAGGUCUCAACUACACAAAGGUUUUAUACAUAGUUCACGAACUCAGAAGACUUGAUCCUGUUUGAUCUUUGAUGAUGCUAUAAACACAGAAAUGGCCAAACCCACACAAUUCAGGGUCAUUUUCCAGAGUAAAAUCUUCACUUCUGAUUAUAAAAAAAUUACCACUGCAGAGGAAGCCAGCCCAUGGUUCCCUAGUGGCACAAAUCACCUCAACGUAAGACAAACAAGAUUAUAAACCUCUCUCUGAGGAAGGAAAAGAAGUACCCAAUUGCAUGUUUCAAUUAAUCUUUAUCUUUCUCUCCAUAAGUAAGCAAAGAGUUUACAGUGCAAGUUGAUUUCCACAGAACAAGGAUCAGACUCCAAACACCAAGAAACAAACAAAAAGGCUUCCAGAGAAACUCACAAAGAAACAAAGCAGAAAAGAGAGGACGGAAGAGAUCAUGAGAACCAGCAGAUCCAUGUGAGUGAAGAGGCAAAGCACAUGGGACACAGGAGGCCCCAUUCCAGCUGUGAGGUGCAAGUGCCAUACAAUCAGUCUGGCCCCACCAAAUCACAUUCUUAUACAUGAGAUUCUCCAAGUGAAACAGAGCCCUUACCCUGUUUACACCUGAAGAGAGGUGGGGUCAGGAUGGGAAUAGUGCUGGGUGGCAAAGUGGGUUGGAGAUGGGAGGCAGGUGGGGGAAUAACGUCUCUCUAUUUCACGUAUUUCUUAUCCUUCAGCAAACCAUUCUGGUUUUAUUUCACUUUCUAGUGGCCCAGGACUCCAUCCUCUUUCAGUGCCCAGAGGAGGAAACCACCUGACUACAGGCCAGUGGGGGCCAGCAGCACACUGGAACAGCUCUCUGGGAGAGGAUGGCCAUGCUGUUACCAUUGCAGCUGCAAAGCUUAGGCCAGGAUUACAAGUCACAGAGCAUCUGUCACACUAUCCCUGUACUUAAUGUGACAGACCUGUGUCCCUGCAGUGAUGCCACUGGGUCUAACCUGUAGCAAACAGCUCAUGGCCAGCAAUUCAGCUCCCAAGAGCCUGAAUAAAAGAGCACCAAGGACUAUGCUUUGAUGGAGAGCGGAGGGUCACAGUUCAUGACAGGACCCCUCACAUUUCAUUGUCUGAAGACCACAUGGGUCUAAGACAGCAGCCCCUCCCAGUAGAACAUAAAAUUUGAUUCAAACCCCAGGGUGUCUCCACUCACCAAUAUGUAACCCCAUGAUGCUUAACCAAGCCAGGAACAGCAGAUCUCCCACCAAUUCCCAUUCUGGCUUCCCAAAAUUUAUGCAUGCUUGGGACCCAAUACAUUCAAGAUCCAAUAACUUCAUCGAUAAGCAAAAUGCCCUGAAGAAUUAAACUUUGCCUCAGCACUCUCCACUCUCUACUGACAUGGAGAUGCUUUUCCUCCUACAACUUCCAAAUUCCUCCUACAACUUCCCUGAGUGCCUCCCUCAAACCCUUGCCUUAACAGCAGUGUGCAAAAGACCCUUCUGCUCCCUGCAUUACAUCAGUUUUCCAGGCAAAGAUGGAAGGAUAUGGUUCCUUUCAAAACCAAGUGACGGUGUCCUUUCAGCCAGUGUGAGAAGACUUUAAAAGUUAUGUCUCUUCUCCUUGCUCUCACUGAGCCAGUCCCUUCCUCCCUGUGUGCCCACAUGGAUAAAACAGGGCUUUCAAAACUAAGACAGUCUCCUUUGCAACAGCCUACCAUGAAGGACAGGCUGCAGGGCCUGGAAGCCACACCAACAAAACUUCUCAAGCAGCUUUCCAGGAAAGGACUAGAGAGA